AUGGACCAAGCAGACCCACGGCAGUUGUUCAACACUUCUUGGACUAUCCACCGUCUCUCCCCUCUCCAUCAUGGGAAGGACUGUGAGACCCUCCUAGAUGACCAGGUCGCCUUAAAAACAUAUGCAACGCGUCUACGUGACCAUAUCACAGGUGAUGUCCUUGCUGGUAUUCAUACAAACACUGGUGCAGCAGACGACAAUGCGCUCUCCAAGACAGGCGCCCUAAAAGAUUGUCUAUGGCGGGCAAUAUCUCCUCAAUCAUUGCGCGACGAAACGCCAAGCAGAUCCCAGAAUACCACAUUUCCUGGUAUUCUAGUAACGCUAGAAUACGAAAAUAUCGUCUACAAAGCAGCUUUGCUCGCAGACAUGGAAUCAUCUCCAAAUCAUCGCACGGGAUCCACAUCCCUCCCUCUUCUUCUAACCAAAUUCCCAACUGCACUUCGGCAAACAUUCCUCACAUUCCUAUCUACCAAUUUCGACACUUACUGCUCGCCUCUCAGACUGCCGUCCAGUUUUCUCUGCGCGGGUCUAGAGACAUACGUCGAUACCCUGCGCACUCAACAGCCAAAUACAAGUGACACAGUCGAAGAUGUUAUCAAAGAGUUACACCUCACAUUGUCUUUUUCAUCGUCGAUCGCACCGGAGCUAAGAUCUCUCAAUGUCAGUGUCGCGCGCGCUUCACUAGCGGGUUUCCUGCGCGAUCAGCCUGGACAGUCAGCGCCGAAGUCACGCAGUCUUCAGCAUAAACUACGCAGCCCUUUCAUCGGCAAUCUUACUUCGUACCUGGAGACACAUCUUGCCAUGAAGCUGGAUCUGGAUGGGUCGUCUUCGAAACAGGUCACUAAGCAGCAUGUGCGGCUCUCGAAGGUUGCCUGUGCUGCUUUCGUCUUGGGUAGUGAAGGACGUGUGAAGCUGGUUGUGGCUGAUAGGGAUUCUGGGGAUGGGGACGAGGGCUCUCAAGCUCGAGGCUACAAGAAUCAACUUGCUUUGGAGGCAGGGGAAUCGCUUCUACGGUCGGUGAUCCGGAAGGCUGUUGUGGAGGAUCAUUCGGCCACGUGA